AUGAACGAACAAAAUCUUAUUAAUGCAAUAUUAUCAGGUGCCAAUUCUCUUCUACAAAUAACGCUUGAAGAUGGUCAAGAUGUAGGAGGAUUAAAGCAGAUUACUUAUCCAAAUUAUGUUCUCGAAAUAACAUCAAAUAAGAAAAAAAUAUCAACGACAUCCAUCGAAUAUUUAUCUAAUGAGAUCUUUUAUGAAAUUUUUGAUUAUCUGGAUGAUUAUGACAUAUUUGAAUCAUUCUCAAAACUCAAUAAUCGUUUUCAACAUUUACUUAUUUGUUUAUUUCUACGGCUUAAGAUUAAAAUUAGUCAUUUAUCUUUACAAAAUCGAUUCAUUCAAAAUCGUUAUAUAGAUUUUAAUCUUAAACAAAGCCGUACGACUACUGACUUUUUAUUAAAUCAUCUUGAAUCAUUACGUUUUAUCGAUAUUGAAUCAAAUAAUAUUCCUCAACGUUUAUCAAUUUUAUCUUUACUACCACGACUUAUGUCAUUAACUAUUUUAAUUGAAGAUGAUUUUAAAAAUUUAAAUGAUAUCUAUCAAUUAGUUUUCAAAAUUCCUGCAUUGAAAUUUAUUAAAAUCUCAUACAAUCAAUAUAAUCCAUAUAUUCCAUUACCAAUUGCUACUAUUUAUCAAAUAACUUCUAUUGAACGUUUGAAUAUUAAUCAUACAUGUCGAAUUGUUAAUCUCUUAACUAUACUUUCAUAUACACCUCAAUUAUCGCAUUUGACUUGUAAAGGUUUGAUUGAUUGGGAUGAAGUUAUUCAAGAAUUUACAAUAACAUUACCUUAUUUAACAUAUGUAUCUCUUGGACUUUGUUUUAUGCAAUUUAAUGAAUUCGAAAUCUUCAUUAAAAAACUAUCACAUUGUUUAGAAGUAUUAAAAAUAAGUUUCUAUGAUAAUAAGACUUACAUUGAUGCUAAUCGAUGGGAACAAUUAAUUUCACAAUAUUUACCUCAGUUACAAAAAUUUUAUUUUCGACAUGAUGAGAUUAUUGAUAGUAAAUUUAAUGUAAUAAAGUUUUAUGAACAAAUCAAUCAAUUUAACUCAUUAUUUUGGAUCGAACGACAAUGGAUCUCGAAUCUUUCUAUUAGUAUUAAUGGUACCAUCUGUAAACAAAUCAUGUUUUCAGUUAGUCCAUAUAAAAAAAAAUGGAAUCAAUCAUCGGAAUAUAUAGAAAAUAAUUCAUACGAUCACAGAUUUAGUCCUAUAAAACAGAUACAGCAUGGUGUAACUACAAGAGAAUCAUCAGCGCAUAAAUAUCUUAUGAAAAAUUUUCAAUCGGUCGAUCUUAUUAUCAAAUAUUGGGAUUUCAAUAGAUAUGAAAAUUCGAUUCUAUAUAAUGUUAUUCCCAUCUUGAAAAUGACAAAAGUAACUCAUUUGAAUAUUCGAAAUGAACAAUUUUUUAUAGGAUUAUUUGUUAAUCUUUUACGUAUGCUGCCCGAUCUGGAAUCACUAGAAUUAAAGACUUUAUCAACAAAGGAUUAUAAUAGUUCACCUUACGUAUAUGAAAACAUUUUUAAUUCAUUAUCAGCUAAUAAUAAGAUUACAAAAAUUCUAUUGACAUGUGCAAAUGAUUUCAAGCAAAUUAAGUUUUUUAUUGAUCUUUGUCCGUAUAUACAAUAUUUUGAAAUAUAUUGUUCAAAUGAUACUAAUAUUAAGUCACUUGUACAACUCAUUUUAAUGGAUAAUUUAAAACUCAUACCUAAUUUAAAUAUUUUAUGUCUUUCCAUUCCAACAGCAAAUGAUAAACUAGUUGACGAAUUACAAAAAGUACUCAAACCUAUGAAUUUAUAUGCAAAUUAUAUGGUUAAGCGUUUAGUUGAUAAAAUUCAUAUACAAUCGAAAUAA